AUGGCAGGACGAGCUGCUGGUCAACGUGGUGAUAAUGGUUGGGGUGAAUGGGGUGGUUAUAUGGCUGCAAAAAAACGUAAAUUAGAAGAACAAUUUGAUAAAGAUUGUAUGAAUAAUGUUCAACAACAUGAACGUAAAAGUAAUAUAUUUCAUGGAAUUUCAAUAUUUGUCGAUGGACAUACAGAACCACCAGCUGAUGAAUUAAAAAAAUUAAUGAUGGAACAUGGUGGUGCUUAUCAUGCAUAUUAUUCAAAAGAUAAAGUUACUUAUUUUAUAUCAAAUAAUUUACCAUAUGCAAAAAUACGUAAACUUAAACCGAAUGACAAAGUUGUUAAUUCACAAUGGAUUAUCGAUUGUAUAAAACAAAAUAAACUUUUAUCAACACAUGAUUAUGAAAUGUAUAAAGAUAAAACAAAAUCACGUGGUCAAACUGAACUUAAUUUUAAACGUAUGGAACCAAUGAAACUAAUAACAUCAGAUUUUAAUGUUCCAAAUAGUGAUGAUGAAGAAAAUAAUUCUCUUGAAAAAACAUCAUCAUCAUCAUCAGAAACUGAAGAAAUUCAAGAUGAAGAUGAUGAUCAUUUAUCAGUACUUGAUGCAAAACAUCCAAAAUUUUUAGAAACAUUUCUUAAACGUUCACGUUUACAUUAUUUAUCAUCGACAGCUGUUGCAAAAAAAGUUUAUGUACAAGAUUUACGUCAAAAAACUGAACAUCGUCUUUUAAUUGAUAAACGACGUGAAGAAUUAAAAAAUAAACUUCAACGAACUGAACGUGAUUAUUUAUUUAAAUUAAAUGAUGAAAAAAAAGAUAAAAUUUAUAUGCAUAUUGAUAUGGAUUGUUUUUUUGUAUCUGUUGCAACAAGAAAUCAACCCGAAUUACGAGAUCAACCUAUUGCUAUUACUCAUUCAAAAGGAAAUAAAUCUACUACAUCUAAUGAACAUCAAUUUUUUUCUCGAUCAGAAAUUUCAUCUUGUAAUUAUGCUGCACGACAAUAUGGUAUUCGAAAUGGAAUGUAUUUAGGUAAAGCACAAGAGUUAUGUCGAAAUCAUCAAGCUAAACUUCUUUGUUUACCAUAUGAUUAUGAAGGUUUUCAUAUUAUAUCCGAUCUUUUUUAUAAUACAGUACUUAAUUAUACACUUGAUGUUGAAGCUGUAUCAUGUGAUGAAAUGUAUGUUGAUUUAACUGAAUUAAUUAUUUAUUUAAAACCACUUCAUCCAUUAACAUUUGUUUCAUUAUUACGUGAAGAAAUUCAAUUAAAUACAAAAUGUCCAUGUUCAGCUGGACUUGCAUCAAAUAUGCUUUUAGCACGUUUAGCAACUCGACAAGCUAAACCAAAUGGACAAUAUUAUGUUGAAAAAGGUUAUGAACAAGAAUUUAUAUCUAAACAAAAAAUUCUUGAUUUACCUGGUAUUGGUUUAUCAUUAUUAGAUAAAUUACAACAAAAUUAUUCACAUCAUACAAUUGAAACAUGUAAACAAGUACAAAAUUUAUUUUCACUUGAACAAUUAAAAACAAUUUUGGGUAAAAAACAAGGACAAACUAUAUAUGAUAUGUCACGAGGUAUUGAUAUGAGAACACUUUCAAAAGAUUAUUUACCUAAAUCAAUAUCAAUUGAUGUUAAUUAUGGUAUAAGAUUUCAAACAUUUGAUGAAUUAACAUUAUUUAUUAAACAAUUAUCAUUAGAAUUACAUAAACGUUUAAAACAAGCUGAACAAAAAGGAAAACAAUUAACAGUUAAAAUUCGUGUUCGAUCUUCAGAUGCACCAAUUGAACCAGAAAAAUUUAUGGGUUGUGGAAAAACAGAUGAUUCAAGUCGAUUAAUUAAUCUUCAUUCAUAUAUUGAUGAUCCAACUAUUAUUGAAUUAGAAACUAUUAAAUUAUUAAAACAAUUUCAUUUUAUUGUUGCAGAUUUACGUGGAAUUGGCUUAUCAAUAACACAAUUACAGUCAACAACUAAAAAUAUUCAUGGAAAAGAUACAAAUGGUACUCGAACAUUAUUUGAAUGUAAUCAAUUUCGAGUAUCAAAACCAGUUAUAUCAACCGAUAAUAAUCAAAAUAUUGAUCAACCUAGUGAAAGUUCUGUCACAAGAAAACGUCCUAUACAACAAGAACAAACAACAGCUAUUGCAAGAAAAUUAACACGACAUGAUUGUUAUACACCAGGACAAAUUGAUCCUGAAGUAAUGAAUGAACUUCCAACUCAAAUUCGACAAGAACUUGAAGAAUAUUUGAAAAAUCCUCCAUCUCUUCCUGAAUCAAAUUUAGAUUUAGAUCGAAAUGAAAUAGUUGAAAAAUCUUUUACACAAGUUAUCGAUCAUAUCGAUGAAUCUGUUCUUAAUGAACUUCCACCUGAAAUGCGUCAUGAAAUAGCAAUGGCAAAAAAAUUACGAACAAUUGAAUCAAAAUAUCCACCUAUAGGUGGUAAACGACUUGUACCUAUAACUAAUCCAUCAAAUCCAACAAUAAAAGACAAGAGCAAUGCAUUUAAUGUCUUAAUGAAUUCUCCUCAAAAACAAACUAUAACAAAAAAAACUUUAAAUUCAAUUAAAAAAUGGCGUACAGAAACUAUUCUUCAUGAAGAAAGAAAUGAUCCUAUAGUUCGUAAUGAACAAUAUGUUAAUCAAUCUGAAAAACUAAAACAACAACCAAAUAUAGCUGGUUGUACAUCAUUAAAUGAUGUUAAAUUAAUGUUACGUGAAUGGAUUGAAACAAGUGAUGAACCAAAUCAAAUAGAUCUUGAUCUAUUUCAAAAUUAUUUAAUUGAUUUAUUAAAUUUUUAUAAUGCUGAAAUGGUUCAUCAAUUAUUAAUUUAUAGUUUAUUACAGAUAAAAACUUUAACAAAAAUUAAUUGGAAUGAAAAAUUUCAAAUAUUAAUUAAUACUGUACAAAAACAUUUUGGUCAAAUGUAUGGUGGUGCAACAAUGGAUCUUUCAUAA